AUGGGACUGCACUACAUCCUACAGCAUCUAGACAGACCAGGGACUUAUUGGAUCAACAGCUUCCUGACAGACAGGCAGCAGCUAGUGAAGCUGGGAAAAUUCUCAUCCAGCACCCAUACAAUCAGCACUGGAGCUCCUCAGGGUUGCGUCCUCUCCCCACUGCUCUUCUCCCUGUACACCAAUGACUGCACAUCCAAAGACCCCUCUGUCAAGCUCCUAAAGUUUGCAGACGACACCACGAUUAUUGGCCUCAUUCAGGACAAUGACGAGUCUACCUUCUGUCUGACAAGAGCAAUACCUAAACCAGUGGCAUCCAUAAAUCCUGAUAAACCGGUGUUCAGUGGAGACGCCGUCACUCUGAGAUGUGACAUACAGGAUGAAAGUGUCUCUAGCUGGCAGUACAGCUGGUAUAAAGAUGCUUCACACAGUCGUGUCAGUAGUGAACAGGUGUACAGGAUCAGUAGUGUUGAAGUGACCCACACAGGUAACUACACCUGUAGAGGAGCAGAGAGAAGAGGCUCACGCUCCUCACACUUCAGUGAUGCUGUUACACUGACUGUAUCAGAGAGACCACGGGCAGUACUGAGUGUAUCUCCACAGAGCUGGCUGACUGAAGGAGACUCAGUGACUCUAAGCUGUGAGGUUACAGACUCCUCUACAGACUGGACAUUCAGCUGGUACACAACUGUUCCCUACAGAGACGGCUUAACUCAAAUAAAACAUAAUCGUGGCUAUAUCAUGUAUGUGGAGCUCCUCUCAGACAGCAGCAGAGGAUCUGGAGGCAACUACACUCUCAGACCUGCUGCUCUGAAUCACACAGGAGUUUAUAUGUGCAGAGGAGAGAGAGGAGAACCAGCCUUUCACACACAGUACAGCAAUCCACAGCCACUAUGGAUCACUGGUGAGGAAAAUGGUGAUGUGAUCCUGGAGAGUCCUGUCCAUCCUGUGACUGAGGGACAUCCUCUGACUCUACACUGUUUAUAUCACUUCACAAAGCCCUCAAACCUCCGAGCUGAUUUCUAUAAAGAUGGAUCAGUUCUCCAGACACAGGCUACAGGAGAGAUGAUCAUCCAAACUGUCUCAAAGUCAGAUGAAGGUUUCUACCACUGUAAACACCCAGAGAGAGGAGAGUCACUGAAAAGCUGGAUCUUAGUCAGAGGUGAGAAUCCAUUUAAAGAUGAAUUUAAGUACAACUGUGACUUAAUGUGUUAA